AUGAACUAUCUGAGACCCGACAUCAAGAGAGGCAACAUCGAACCUGACGAAGAAGAUCUUAUCAUUAGACUCCAUGCACAACUGGGAAACAGAUGGUCUCUCCUUGCCAAACAUCUGCCGUGCCGAAGUGAUAAUGAAAUCAAGAACUACUGGAAUAACCAUCUCAGAAAGAAACUCGAACACCGAGAAACCGAUCACAAUGCCAACAAUAAUCCGCAACCACUGGAGAAGAAUAAGAAGAACGACAUAAAGAACAAGAGCGAAAUGAAGGACAAGGCCCAUCCUCCAAAGGUGAUUAGAUUGACGUCGUCUCAAAACACAUGGAACUGUGAUAAUUUAGGUGCAAUGGGAGUUUGUGGUGGUCUUGAUGACGAGCUUGUAAUUGAAUCUUCCAGCCAUGAUGGAAGAAAUGAACUUGUUAAAGAUGGUUUGGAUGUUUCACAGCCUGGCUUUUAUAGUAGUAUUCUUGAAGAUCACGGCCUUGAUUUUCUAGACGAGGGUAUGCUGGAAGAGCUUUCAGAGCUCUUAAAAGAAGAUGCAUGA